GCUGCAUCUCAGUUGCAAUAAUAAAUUCCUGACAAAAUGUCACAGUCACUCCGUUGGGGUAUUAUCGGUGUUUCCGAAAUCGCUCACGACUUUUGCGUUGCUCUUAAUUUAAAGUUUACCCGAAGCGAACAUGAAAUUGUUGCUGUAACCAGCAUCGAUUCGCCAAAAGGACUUACUGAACAAUUUGCCAGGGAUCAUAAUAUACCCAAAGUUUGGUCGGACUAUCACAGUUUAGCAUCAGAUGAUCAAGUAGAAGUGGCUUAUAUUUCGAUACUCAACCCUUUACGCUAUGAACUUUGCAAAAUGAUGAUCGAGUACAACAAGCACAUUGUUUGCGAGAGACCGUUUUGCAUGAAUAGCCGGCAAAUGAAGGAAGUUCUGGAGCUAGCAAAGAAGAAAGGUGUAUUUGUUAUGGAAGGAUUAUGGUCAAGGUUUUUUCCAGUCUACCGUUAUUUACGUGAACUUAUGAAUUUGACAAUUCUAAAUAAUGUCAAAGAAGUCUAUGUUAAACAUGGCUAUAAUGCAACCUCUAAGGAACGGAUUGUCAACAAAGAUUGUGGAGGUGGAGUUGUGCUGGACAUUGGAAUCGAUGCGAUACAAUUUGUGAUAUUUAUUUACCAAGAACAACCAAAAUCAAUUAAGGCAUCGGGAAAGAUCAAUUCGGUUGGAGUGGAUUUGUAUGUUGAAGUGGAAAUGGUAUUUUCUGGAGAUAGAAAAGCGACAAUAAUUUGUUCAGGGCUGCAAGUAUUCGAAAAUCAAGCGACUGUAAUCUCGAAGAAAGGACCAAUAUGUAUUCCCGAUUACAACUGUCCAACACAAUUAUUUGGAUGCAAUGGCGCCCACGAAUGGUCACUGAUAAGCUCAACUAUUCCAAUGAACUUUCGAAAUUCACUUGGUUUACGCUAUGAAGCUGAUGAAGUCAUGAAAUGCAUACGUUCAGGAAAAUUAGAGUGCGAAAUUGUGCCGGCUAAAGAAAUGCUAAUUAUAACACAAAUAUGUGAUGAAAUUAGAAAACAAAUUGGUGUUCGUUAUGACAAGUAGUGAAGUGUGAACUGUGAAGUGAUAAGACUUUAUUGAUUGGUGUCGUGUAGUUUUUAAAACUACAUAAUUAUUUGCAUCAUGGUAGUUUAGUUGACUUUUCACUUGAAGCGAUUAGGAAUAUGACAAAUUAUAUUACUAACCUGGGGAUUUAUUUAAUCGUAUUUAUUUGUUCUGAUUUUGUUAUUUACAUAU